GGUCCGCUGCCCUGCCCAGUAGGUGCUCCGCUGACAGCACCCUUCCUCCGACACCUCAGCUCCUCACCCACAGCCAAGGGAAAAGGAACAGGAACCAAGAAAAGUCCUGUUCAGAAUGCCACAAAACGUUAUUCUCCAAGGACCGGCACCCUGGGGAUUCAGGCUCUCGGGAGGAAUAGAUUUUAACCAACCCUUAAUCAUAACCAGGAUUACACCUGGAAGCAAGGCUUCAGCUGCCAACCUGUGCCCUGGGGAUGUUAUUGUAGCUAUUGAUGGACUAAGCACAGAGAACAUGACACAUAACGAUGCCCAGGAGAGAAUUAAAGCAGCUGCACAUCAGCUUGCUUUGAAAAUAGAGAGGGCAGGAACUAAAUUAUGGUCCCCACAGGUUUCAGAAGAUGGCAAAGCACAUCCUUUCAAGAUAAAUUUGGAAGCUGAACCACAGGAUAUGAACUACUUUGAACACAAGCAUAAUAUUCGGCCCAAACCUUUCAUAGUCUCAGGCCGAAGCAGUGGAUGCAGCACUCCUUCAGGGAUUGACUGCAGCAGUGGACGCAGUACCCCCUCUUCAAUCAGCACGGUUAGCUCUAUCUGCCCUACCGAGCUGAAAGCAGUGUCUAAGAUGGCCCCUAACAUUCCCUUGGAAAUGGAGCUUCCCGGUGUCAAGAUUGUACACGCUCAGUUUAACACACCUAUGCAGUUGUACUCAGAUGACAAUAUCAUGGAAACACUGCAAGGCCAAGUUUCUACAGCUCUGGGGGAAACACCCAUAAUGAGUGACCCCUCUCCCAACUCAGUGCCUCAGUCUGACGUGUACAGGAUGCUGCAUGGCAACCAGGAGGAGCCCAGUCAACCGCGCCAGUCUGGCUCCUUUAAGGUGCUCCAGAAUUUAGUCUCCGAGGAAG